AUUCGUGAAAAUUUUGUGAUACAUUAUUAUUCGACAUAGACAUUAUUUAAGUACUUAAAGUACUUUAAAAGUCUGAAUAAAUAAGAAGAUUGAAUAAUAUUUUGAAUAAUUGCAGCUUUUUUGAAAAGAUAUUCAAUAAAUUCUUCUCAACUUUCGAGAAGUUAAACAUUCGUCAAUGUCUUACUUCUUAUUUAGAAAAAUAAUUUUGUUCUUUAUCAUUUGAAUGUCUCAAACAUCAAGUGAAAUUAUUUCAUCAAGAGUUUUUCGUUAUCAAUAAUAAAGCUGUGAAUGUAUCGAAAAAAAUAUGGAAUAUCUGAUAAAAGUGAUAAAAAAAACAUGAAUGAUUUAGAAGAAUUCGAAUGUUUGAUUCAACAAGACAAUAGUGAAAAGUCAGCUGAAUCAAGAUCGAUUAAGAAGAAGAUUCAAGAUAAAAACCUUAAGGGAUCUCCAAAUUCCGGACUUUUCUUCAGUUUUUUAUGUCUCGUGGCAACUGUGACUAUUUUCAUCGUAUUCUUCAGUGUUUAUACCGAUUCAAUCCAUCCAUUGGUUGAUACAAUAGCAAGCCAGUUAGGAUAUUCAGAGAAGCAAUAUGGAGCUAUCAUUGAUGCUGGUUCAACUGGAAGCAGAGUGUUAGCUUUCGAAUUUCAUAAGGGAUAUCUUGAUGGACGACUUGUGUUAGACAAUGAGUUAUUUAAAGAAUUAAAACCGGGUUUAUCAUCAUUGACACCUGAAAAAGGUGCUGACCAAAUAAAUCAACUGUUAAACGAAGCUAGAAAUUUUAUUCCACAAGAAUAUUGGAUAAGUACGCCUUUAGCAUUGAAGGCACCAGCCGGUUUGAGACUUCUCGGUGCCAGUAAAUCUGAGGAAAUUCUCAAUGUGAUUCGAGAAUUAUUUUCUAAAUCAGGAUUUUCUGUUAAUGAACAUUCCGUAGAGAUCAUGGAUGGCACAGAUGAAGGAAUAUUUUCAUGGUUCACUGUUAAUUAUUUAUCGAAUCGACUCACGUCAAAGAACACCGUAGCAGCUUUAGAUCUCGGUGGUGGAUCAACACAAGUAACUUAUGAAAUGAACGAAUUCCAACCAAGUUAUAAAAACUUCAUUCAUGCUGUGCCCAUCUUAAACAACAAUGAAGUCAAUGUGUUUACAAACAGUUAUCUGGGCUUAGGUUUAAUGGCAUUGAGACAUGCUGUGAUAACAAAGAAAGGUGCUGCUAAUCAAACAUCAUUUGAGAGUGAAUGUGUGAAUCCAAUUAUUAAAGAAAAAUCGUUCAACUACGGAAAUGUCGAUUAUUUAGUGUCAGGAAAGGAAAAUAAAAGAAAUGUUGAGAAUCCCGAAGUCGAUUACGAACUUUGCACUGAAGCUGUUAAACGUCAAGUUAUUUCAUUGCUACAGCCAAAGCCAAUAAAACUUGGAGAGCAUAUUAUAAACGCUUUUAGUUACUAUUAUGAUAGAGCCAUUGAGACUGGUUUGGUUGAUCCAUUCCAAGGUGGAGAAAUUACUGUGUUUGAGUUUACUAAGAAAUCGAGAGAAAUUUGUGCAACGCCUAAUACUGAUCAGCCUUUCAUGUGCUUGGAUUUGAUUUAUAUUUCUGUAUUACUCCAAGAUGGCUUUGGUUUGAAGCCUCAAACAAAUAUCAAACUUUUUAAGAAAAUUCGAGGACAUGAAGUUAGCUGGGCUCUUGGAUGCUUCUUUCAAAAUUACAACGAUUUAGUGAAGAGAAAGAAGAAAGCAGAAUAAUAAGCACGUAGACAGACAUCACCCUCGACGAAUCAUAAAGAUUUCCCCUUUUUAAAUAUUUUAAUUAGAUGCUGACUAUCAAUUUUAUAUUGAUUAAGAUAGAAAAGAAAUUUAUUUGUACCAUAGUCAUCAAAUGAUAUUCAUCAGAUAUCUAGACAUAGGUAAUCUGCUGAAUAAAAAUUUUAAAUGAAAAUAAAGACAAAUAAAAAAAUACCGGUAGAAAGAAAAUCAA